AGUGGAGGACACAAAUGAAGCAUUGAUUCCAGGCAUGCUGUAGAGUCUGAGCUGUUUCCUGCAAUUCUGAUCCUUUUUAGAGUUUUCAUUGUUGUUUUCUCAAAGUAUUAAAAUGCGAGUAUCUGUCACUCAGGAAUUCACAGAGGAUGAAAAUGAGAAUGGAGAAGAAGAAAGGGUCUUCCUCAAGCCUGUUAUUGAGGACAGAAACAUGGAGCUGGCCCGAAAAUGCAAUGAAAUAAUAAGUGAUGUACACUACAAAGAAGAAUUUGAAAAAUCUAAGGGCAAGUGCAUAUUUGUACCUGACACUCCUCAGCUAAAACAUGUGAAAAGUGUUGGUGAUUUUAUUUCUGAGGUAAAGUACAAAGGAGCUGCUAAGAAAGACCUUUCCAACUCUCUUUAUCAGCAGAUGCCAGCUACAAUUGACAGUGUAUUUGCAAAAGAAUUAACUCAGCUGCAGAGCAAGGUUCUGUAUAAACAAAAACAUGAUGCUGAGAAAGGAACUUCAAAUUAUGCACAUAUGAAGGAACCUCCGGAUAUUAAGCAUGCCAUGGAAGUCAGUAAAUACCAGAGUGAUGUGUCCUAUAAGAGGGAUGUGCAAGAUACUCACAGAUACACUGAAGUGCUGAACAGGCCAGACAUAAAGAUGGCAACAGAGAUAACGAAGAUAAUAAGCGAUGCUGAGUACAAGAAAGGAAGGGGAGAGAUGAACAAGGAACCCGCUGUACUUGGAAGACCAGAUUUUGAACAUGCUAAAGGAGUUUCUAAACUUCUAAGCCAAGUGAAAUACAAAGAGCAGUUCAAAAAAGAAAUGAAGAGCCACCAGUACAAUCCUCUUGACAGUGCUUCCUUCAAGCAAGCACAAAUUGCAUCGACCUUGGCAAGUGAUGUGAAUUACAAGAAAGAUUACAAGGAAAGUCUGCAUGAUCCAGCCUCUAAUCUACCAAAUCUGCUGUAUUUAAACCAUGCUUUGAAUAUCAGCAAAAUGCACAGUGAUGUCAAGUACAGAGAGAAUUAUGAGAAAUCUAAAGGCAAAUCAAUGCUUGAGUUUGUGGAUACACCGAUGUACCAAGUUUCAAAGGAUGUUCAAAAGAUGCAAAGUGAGAAAAUAUAUCGCAAAGAUUUUGAAGAAAGUCUUAAGGGAAGGCCCUCUCUGGAUUUAGACAAGACCCCAGAGUUCUUGCAUAUAAAAGAAGUCACUAAUCUUCUGAAGGAGAAAGAGUAUAGAAAAGAUUUGGAAGAAUGGAUGAAAGGAAAAGGAAUGACAGUGUUUGAAGAUACGCCAGAUUUGAUUAGAGUUAAAAAUGCGGCUCAGAUACUAAAUGAGAAACAAUACAAGAAAGACCUGGAAACUGAAAUUAAAGGGAAGGGCAUGCAAGUUGGUCCAGAUACUCCUGAGAUAAGACGAGCCAAGAAAGCUUCUGAAAUUGCAAGCACUAAAGAAUAUAAGAAAGACUUGGAGAAUGAAAUUAAAGGAAAGGGAAUGGAAGUGGGCAUGGAUACUCCUGAUAUACAACGAGCAAAGAAAGCUUCUGAAAUUGUAAGCCAGAAAGAAUAUAGAAAAGAUUUGGAGACUGAAAUUAUAGGAAAAGGGAUGCAAGUUGGUCCAUUUACUCCUGAAAUACAACGGGUGAAAAGAGCUUCAGAAAUAGCAAGCCAGAAAAUGUACAAAGACGAAGCAGAGAAGAUGCUCUGUAACUAUUCUGCUGUCCCAGACACUCCAGAGAUGGAGAGGAUAAAAAGUACACAGAAAAACAUCAGUUCAGUGUUUUAUAAGAAGGUGGUAGGAGCUGGCACAGCUGUUAAAGAGACUCCAGAGAUUGAAAGAGUAAAGAAAAAUCAGCAGAAUAUUAGUUCGGUUAAAUACAAAGAAGAAAUUCAGCAUGCAACUCCUAUUUCUGAUCCACCUGAACUACGGAGAAUCAAGGAAAACCAGAAGAAUAUAAGCAAUGUUCAGUAUAAAGAGCAGCUCUACAAAGCUACACCUGUAAGUGUCACUCCGGAGAUUGAAAGAGUCAAGAGGAAUCAAGAGAAUGUCAGCAUGGUUCACUACAGAGAGCAGCCUGGCAAAGCUACUGCUGUGAGCAUCACUCCAGAGAUAGAGAGAGUCAAGAAGAAUCAAGACAAUAUCAGCUCGGUGAAGUACAGCAGUGAUCAGAGGCAGAUGAAAGGUAGACGUAGUAUGAUUCUAGACACACCUGAGCUAAGGCAUGUCAAAGAAACACAAAACAACAUCUCAAUGGUUAAAUAUCAUGAAGAUUUCGAGAAGACAAAGGGCAGAGGCUUCACCCCAGUGGUGGAUGAUCCUAUAACAGAGCGGGUGCGGAAAAACACUCAAGUUGUAAGUGAUGCAGCAUAUAAAGGGGUGCACCCACAUAUAGUUGAAAUGGAUAGAAGACCUGGAAUAAUCGUUGAUCUUAAGGUUUGGCGCACAGAUCCCGGCUCCAUCUUCGACAUUGAUCCUCUGGAGGACAAUAUUCAGUCUAGGAGUCUGCAUAUGCUUUCUGAAAGAGCGAGCCGCUACAGUAAGCAGUACUUACAUUCUACAAGUUUGGGAGAUUAUAAAUCAGAUGGUUCUGACACGAACCCUACCUUUUCUUACUGCAGUGAGAUAACAAGGCCAUCUGAUGAAGGAGCCCCUGUUCUCCCUGGGGCAUAUCAGCAAAGCCAGUCCCAAGGAUAUGGAUACAUGCACCAGACCAGUAUGUCGUCUAUGAGGUCAGUGCAUUCACAGCCUCAUCCAGCAGGCCUGAGAACAUACAGAGCUAUGUAUGACUACAGUGCUCAAGAUGAAGAUGAAGUUUCCUUCAGGGAUGGUGACUAUAUAAUCAACGUGCAACCAAUUGAUGAUGGCUGGAUGUAUGGUACUGUUCAGAGAACUGGGAAAACAGGAAUGCUUCCAGCAAAUUAUAUUGAGUUUGUUAACUAAUUUUUGUCUCUAGUCCUUUGAGCUUUGUUAUGAUUUACUCAGAAUCUAAUCUUUUAGAAAAAGUGAAAAGAAUCUUUUAAGAUCAUGUGUUCAUUACUUUAUUGCUACUAUGACAGUCUGCAUUUUCAUUCAGAAUCCAAUUUAGAGUCCUUUAAAUACGGAUGAAUAAACAACAAGUGCUUUGAAAACAGCAUGGCUUAUAAUAGUGCUCCCUAAAAAUAAAAUUAAAAAAAAUAUAUAUGAAAGCCUGGUGCUGCUAAUCCUAUAAAAUCAAUAAGCUUAAAGAGAAAAUACCUUUUCCCUACAUUUCAGAGAGGUUGUUUCUCUUUAUAGUAACCAUAAAAUUGAUUCGCUUCUUAUGGGAGACGUCUAAUGCUUGAGAAGGUAACAUCCUCAUAAAAAUAAAAGUGUUAGUUAGAGAAUUUGAUCAUUUGAAAUAAUACCAAGUAAUACGUUUGUAAAAAACAAAACAACACGACAAACCUACUGCCCAGCAGCCUUACAAUGAAAAGGUUUAUUUUGACAGUAAAAAUUUCCCAACUCUCACCUGCAUUUAUUCCCAGAUUACCCAUUUUAUGUUUUUCACAGUGACCUUUUCUAUCAGCUUGGCUUGCAUCCUAGUCCAUCAGUUAGAUCCAUGCCUGGUUUCAUGGUUCUUCAGUAUCUUUCCCACAGAAAAUUCCUUGCGGAAAUUAUCUUGAUUAUAAAAGCUAUCAUGUCUUCUGUUUCCGUCAAAUAAUACUUUGCAUUUAAAUAUAAACUUCCAUUAGGGCAAUGUUACUUCCUUUACUUUCCCCUGUACUGCUGUAAAUAGUGUGUGAGGCCCUGGUGCUGUGCAGUCACACAAAGCAUGCAGGCACAUCCCUUCAUCUUGCCACAGGUAACUUGCUUAAUGGCUGCCUUGCUAAUGAGCUAAUGUACUUACCCUGCUGCAGAAAUAGUUGCACCUCCAUUGAAGAGUGGAGAAGAGCGGAAAAGAGCUCUGGUUAUUGUAGUGCAUUUCAGCUCAAUGGCCUAUUUCAGUUUCCUCCAAAAUUUUUGAUGAUCUGACAGUGAGUUGUAUGUUUACAAAAUGAUUAAUGAAGGAGAAACAUAACUUUCUUUUGAAAUUUAUUCCUUUUCAUAACUGAAACUGAAGGGAAAACUAGCAAAAAAACCCAACCUUCAGCAUACUCUAUUCCAUUAAGCUUCAGUUUCUACCAUGAGUAGAAAACAGUAAAAAUAUUUUGCUGACAAACCUUGCUCCUUGGUGACAAUUAACUUAUGAUUAGGAAAUGAAGGAAUCAGGUCUCAAUCUAUGAGACUGAGAGGAGAGCUUAAAAUAAAUGGUGACAUAACAGACCUGUAAGAGAAGUUGUGUCACAGUCUUGAAACACAAGGAAGUUCCUCUUGCUUUAAGGGGAUGCCAGGAUGGUGCUGUGUUCCCUCCCAAAUAAAACUCUGUGAGGAAGGACAAGUUUGUGUGGAACUUAGCAGUUUGUGUGGAAGCUUACUCAUGUGAAUGCAUACAAACAUAAAGAAAUAAUGAAGAAAUAAUGUUUUUGCUGAUAAUGUGAUUUGUGGUAUUCAACCAUAUGAGAAAGAAGUUAAUUUUGGAGUAGGUGUCGUGUUGAUCCUGCACUGACAUUGUCCCAUUUCUGAAAUGUUAAGAACAGAACUACUGCAGAAUUUGUAGAUAAUUUUGUAUGUCAUAUUUCACAAAAUAAGGAAGUCUGCUGUAUCUGCUUAAACAACAAAGAAGGAAGGCAGUACAGAUUUGUUACAGCAACUGAAAGUUGUCAGUGCAAACACUUCCUAGCUGCAUUUCUGUGUACAAUUAGAAAUUGGAAAGUUUAAGCAGAUUUUUUUCCUGUUGUUAACAAGGGGCGAGUCCCAUGCUGCCAAACAAGGGGUGGGAUGACUGCAUUUGAAAAAACAAAAAAAGAAAAGAAGGUAAAAGGUCAUGAAAUUGUCUAUACUUUCUUAUCUGCUGCCUAAUUUCAAGGCCAAAGCUAACUGGGAGCAUCUAACUUCAAAAAAAGUGAUUUAAAACCAGGAAUGUGAGCCUGUAAAUGUGCAAUCUGUAUGGCUUACACUGCUGUCAUUUUAAACACUUGAAAGACAAGGGCUCUAACAGACCCUUAUGCAUUACUGGUGACUUCCACAUUAAAUUUGCUAGCUUUGCAAGUCAAAUGGGUUUUUCAAAAGGCUGCUGUGAUAGGCACAGCUAGAAACUCUCAAAAAAGCAGUCUGUUUGUGCAUUGGUUUUCAUCAACAGCAAAGAGAGAAAUCCUAUCUUAAAGUAGGUGGCAAAUUUUUCUGAUGAUGCCUGGGGCAGAAUUGGAUAUCAUUUGCUGCUAUGCUGCUCUAUUUGUUCUGUAAUGCUGACAGCAAUACAAACAAGUUGGCAGAGUUGGCAGUUUGCUAACCAAACAUGAAUGUAAAGAAAUGGAGCAAACAGGUAUUUUGCAUCAAAUUGCAAAUUUUAGUCACAGAAAAGCAAGUCUCAACAUUAGCUUUCUUUCUUUGUAAGUGAGGAGAUGGCUUCCAGAGUUGAAUGUCUAAUGAAAAGUAAAUAAAAAAAAUGAACAUUUGAUCUCAUUGGAGAACUACGUUGUGCAAAACAACCGAAAUAAAAUGCUGUUUAUGAAUUUUGAAUGUUCAGUAGCCUGGCAAAGCACCUAAAGCAAUUGUGAAAUAAAAAAGGUCAAGGAAGAAAAGCAGUAUUGUAUUUCUCAUUGAAGUGGUAUGUCAGCAGAAUUUUUAAGAUCUGUUUUAAGAUACUCAUUUAUGUAGUCAGGUUUUUAUGUUAUAUGUACUCAGCAAUUAUUGUUCAUUUGGAACGUUUCCUCUUUUUUAAUAUACAACAAACUUUUUUCCCAUUGUGCAAAUGUGUUCUGAACAAUGCUAUCAAAGUUCACAAAUUAUUAGAGUGCUAUUUUCAAACUGUUGUAUAAGAUCUGAAAUUUGCAAUGUACGAAGAAUAGGUCAGCAACCAAAUUGUGCCAGCAUGACUUUUUCAAGGCAUAUGUUGGAGUCUGUUACAUGCAGUGGAAUGUAGGGGUGAACAGAUGUUGUAUGCUGUCCUGUCACCUUUAAAAUGUGCAUUCCUUUUUAACACCGCAUGUUCUCCUCACUGUGCUUUUUUUCCUGUUAACAACAUUUUUCUGGGGAAAGAGUUCUGAGAAACCAAAUUUCCCAAGAUAUUCCAAAAUUCAGGCUGGAAGCUCAUAUGUUCCCAUUUUAAACAUUUUAGAAACAAGGAAGUUAUGCUAACGUUUUUACUAAUCUAUGUAUAAAUAUAUAAAACUACAUAGAGCACAUUCACACAUAUACACAAGAACAAAUGGGUGCCUUGCUUUUCAUUACUUUUUCUUGCCUAGCUUAUCUUCAUUUUCUAAACAAAGCUACUUACAGAUCUUGCAUUUUUCAUUAUGGAACAUUAGCAUUUAAUCUUGAUGAAACAGGGUUUUCUUGAUUACAUUUGACAUACCAUAAACCACUUAAACAGAUUGAGAUUUGACAGAGAUUCACCUCCCGUGGAUUGCGUUUGUGACAAAUGUGUCCGUAGCGAGUGUUACUCGGGGAUGCAGAAGGUCUUCAAUGUUUGGAAAAGUAGUAAUUUUAGCUUUUAUUGUACAUGCAAGGCAUGCCAUCUUGUACAAUGAAAAAGGAAUGGUGUGUAAGUCUUUGGCAGAAAGUGGUACAGGGUAUAAAAUGUUAGAUUUUAAUUGUGUUGAUUAAUACUCCAUUUAAAAUACAGAAUAAGCUUUAGUUAGUAAAUGUUUAAAUAACAUGCUGGAACAGACAGAAGAUGCUGCUGAAAGAUCUCCAAACUGAUGUGCUGGCAAAUGCAAAGUACUGGUGAGCUGUAGAAGAGUAAACCAUUUUGCAGUGCUUUAGUGAUUUUCUCCAGCUUUAUGCAAUAGGAAUCCUGUUUCCCUUUUUGAAAGAAAACCUGAAAGCUGUAUUUCCUAAACUGCCUGCAUUACAACAGUAUAUUGAAAGGAAUUUCAUAUGCUUCUUGUGUCUGAUAAAUAGAAUUUGCAUAUUGUACUUAAGUUGUAAUCCAGUUGUUGUUGACAUUUGUUUAAUUAUUAUUAUUUUAGAGGGGAAAAUAAGCUAUACUGUAGCAUUUCAAUCAUGUGUAUUUAAUAGUACUCUUAGAAGUUGCUACACUGUUGGAAGACAGCAAUGACUGUAUUAACAUUGAUUAGCAUGAUGUGGAAAAUCUCAGCUGUUGGUUUUUGCGGUGUGAUAUAAAAAGCAAAAAUGAACCGCUGUGCAGUUUGGCUUAUGUUUGCUUUCAAGUGUGUAAAAGUUUUAGUUAUCUUGCAAAACUACUGUAUUUGGAAGUAUACAGUUCUGAAGGUAACAACUGUUUUUCAAAGGACAGAUAUACUUACUCUUGGACCAUAUGAUGUAUCAUCUUAUUUUGGCUUUUGUUAUGCAGAAAGUUAACACCAGCUAUUAAAAUAUAUUUUAGUAGAAAUGCUUUAAUUCCUGUUUUUUCCUCUACACUGUGAAUAUUUAAGCCUUGGUGGACUAGAGCAACAUCAUGCUGCCCAAAGUACUAACCUAUGCAAACUAGUUCACAUUUUAGUUGAUGUCACAGUGGAUGUAACAUAACAAUUUAUUUUGCAUAACAUUGAAAGUCAUUCAAAUAAAAUGUUAAACCUAGCGCUAUGUAUGUAUUAUAUUCACAGUCAAUCCUCUGCAAAGCUACUAUGCCCAUUAAAAUAAGCUACUGAAGCUGAGUAUUGUUCUAGGUAAGUAAGGAUGCUGUUACUUUUCAAACUGAAGUGGAAUAUAUAGUGCUAUUUCAAGGUUGAUCUCAAGAAAUGUGUUAGAAAACAGCAGUUUAUUUCAGAAAUGCACUCUUCUCAAAGGGUUGAUUAGCCUUUUCAGUCUGUUUGUAACCUUUCAUUAGAACAGCAAGUUACAUUCUAUGUCCCUUGUUUUGUUUAAAUAAACAAAGGUAGUAAGUGAA